CCGUCAGUAGCAGGGCUGAAUAAUGAUUAAAGGGGAUUAGGAGGAGGGUCAUUGUUUAGCUACUAGUGCUACCGCCUGCCUUUAUACAAUCUGUCUGUCUACUACUACUUUUACUAUACUAUAGUCCUUGCUUUAUUUGAGCAUGUCCGGAAGUCAACAAGAAGAAAAAGAUGAGUUGAAAAAAUGACGAGCCUUUUUUGGAGCCUUCUAUUAAUUGCCAAGCAGGUUAAGGAAACACAGGACAUAUAAACAAUGGCUGUUUUGAAAGUGACCUUUACCAAGACCAAGAGGGACAAACUAGCUCAGGUCCUUUGGAUCCUAAAUUGGAUCUCCGUGGUGACAGGUGUGAUCCUGUUUAGCCUGGGCCUCUUCCUUAAGGUGGCGCUCAACAAGCGGCAGGAGCUGAUGGCCGACACGGACAUUCAGUACGUCCCUAACAUGCUCAUAUCUGUCGGCCUCAUCGCAUGCGCCAUUAACUUCCUGGGCGGGAAGAUCUGCUACGACUGCGCCGACACGGCCAAGUUCCUCCGCUGGAAGCUGAUCAUGCUGCCCUACAUUGUAUGCACCUUCUUCUUCACCUUCUGUGUGUUGGUGGGGGCUCUCAUGUGCUACACCAUGCACUGGGACCUGGAUGAGUCCCUGAGAGAAGGCCUGAGCCAGGCCAUGAAGUACUACAAGGACACGGACACACCGGGAAGAUGCUUCCUGAAGCGUGCCGUGGACAUGCUGCAGAUAGAGUUCCAAUGCUGCGGCAACAAGGCUUACACGGACUGGCUCCGAAUCCAGUGGAUCAGCAAUCGCUACCUGGACAUGUCUCACAGAGAGGUGGUUGAUCGCCUGAGGAGCAAUGUGGAAGGCAAGUACCUGAUGGACGGUGUCCCCUUCAGCUGCUGCAACAUCAACUCCCCACGGCCGUGCAUCCAGCAGCAGAUUAGGAACAACUCGGCCCACUUCAACUACGACCACCAAACGGAGCAGCUCAACCUGUGGACCAAAGGGUGUCACCAGGCUCUCUUGGACUACUACAGUGGCAUCAUACAUUCCAUCGGUCUCACAGUACUGAUCACAUGGCUCUUUGAGCUGUCGGUGUUGACAGGUGUACGUUACCUCCAGACAUCCUUGGAGAAUAUGCUGAGACUUGGAGACCCCGACUGCGAGUCUGACGGCUGGCUGCUGGAGAACAGCUUCAUAGAAACGGCUCGAAGCAAUCUGAAUAUCAUCAAGACCCUCAGCAAAAACAACCACGUGGACACUGCCAACAACGGGGACCCCAACAUCAACGUGCCCUCCACUUCCAAAGCCCACUAUGGGCCGGACAAUGUGCCUCCCCAGCAAAUACCUGUAGCUAGCUGACCAGGAACUGUUAAAUGGUCUGGACUACAGGACAUAUCAUUUAGGAAACAAAGAUGCCACGCUCAUAUUUAACGUCACACAUUUUUUUAAACUUGGAGGAGCAGAAUGGACAGUUUGUAGAUAAUUUCUGAACAAUUUAACUGAUGUUCAAAUUGACCAUCCAUCAGUCAAAUCCAUAACAUUUCAAGAGUGUGCGUACAUGAUGAGCUAAAACUAUUGACUCAAUCAGAAGCCUUUUUAAAACAGGGUAAAACAUCCUAAAGGACUUGCCUCUGUUACUUGAGGGGUUUCAGUGUGGCUGUGGAUGCUGUGACCUUGCCUCGCCUUAGACUCCACUCUCCACACACCACCUGAAGGAAGACUUAUCAAUGAGUAUGUUCAAAUAUUUGGAUGAAACCUUAUAACAUGCAAGAUUUUGGAGAACUUGUGUGCUGCUCAAAGAAACUGUGAUGCCUUUUUGAACUUCGAGAAGUAGUAUUGGUAUCAAGUUUACAUCUACUCACAAUCCAACUAAACAUUUUGAACUGAUCUUUUUGUGGGGUAGAAUAGCUGUAAAACAAAACCAAUAGGACCCCUGGCCACAUGAACACUUGAGAAUUGAGGAAAAUCUCAAAUUUGUCAAUAGCUUCCAUGCUUUCUGCAUUUUGGAGUGUCAAUGGGACUACUUUGUCCAUUCAUCAUCCAUGUAAAGUCACUGCUGUUGGACGCCAGCUAGGGUCUGGCUCACAAUCUCUGUUCUAAUUUUGGUUUUUGAUGGUGUUAAUGUCAGGGUUCUGUCCAUUUUCUUCCACACCAAACUCAUCAGUGCAUGCCUUUACAGAACCUCAUACUGGGAUAGAAAAGUGUUCACUCAACAUUAGAAGCAUAAAAUUAAAGGGGAAACUAAUGGAUCUAGUCCAACUCCUCAAUGGAUAAGUCUGACUUUUGUUCAUUUACAGGCAAUAUAAAAUAUCUACACACCCCUGUUUAGAUGCCAGGUUUCAGUGACAUAAAAAAGAAAAAUUUUAAAAAUUCCACCAUUGUGACUUACAACCUGUACAAUCCAAUUGAGAAAAAAUGAACUCUGAAGAGAGGGAAAGUAAAAAUAAACAACUGAGACAGUGGUUGCUCAAAUGUGCUCACCCUCUAAUAACAGCAUGUGGCUGUGUUCAGAAUUAAACAAUCACAUUCAAACUCUUGUUAAAUGGUUGUCAGCACAAGUUUCCUGACAUUUGUUUAGCUUUCUAGCAGAACCCUGAAUGUUUUAUGCGAACACUGACUGGUACAGUAUUUGGAACUGUUCAUAAUUCCCUCCACAUUGAGUAAGAGUCCUGUACCAGCUGAGAGCGAGAGAGAGAGAGAGACAGAGACAGCGAGAGCGAGAGAGAGAGAGACCUCCAAAGUUGAGGAGCAGUGUUGUGGUUGCACCAAACAGAACUUUUGAAAUUAUGGCCAAAUGGUUCAACCUUGGGUUCAACAAGCCUCUCACGUGUGGGUUUCUUCCCUUUUAAGAUAAGGAUUCUCUUGCCAUCCCACCCUACAGCCCAGAAAUAUAAAGAUGAGAGAUUGUCGUCACAUGUACUAACUGCCAGUACUUGCCUGAACCUCCUGCAGCUUCUUCUGUCUCUUGGCAGCCUCCCUCACUUGUUUUCUUGUCACAAAAACCUGGCAUUUGAACAGGGAUUUGUAGAAUUUUUGUAUCCACUGGACUGCGGCUUGAAUAAAAGCAAGAACUUGCCUUGACCGGAGUUCAAACAUGUUUAAUCAACAAUCCGCUAUGGUAUUUCUACAAUCUAUUCCAUUUGUUUAUGUACUGUACAUAUGUAUAAGGAAGAGACUUAUUGAUUAGAUAGACUGCUGAUUUUAUUACCAUGUUGUGCUAUCAAACAGCACAAAACAUACUAAAUUCACCUAGAUUCCAAAGGGUAACAUGAUGAAAAAAUUUUGCAAUAAACUUUGAAAUACUUUUUGAUUUCAGUAUUGAAAAGUGAACUCAUUAAUCAGGAGAAGGUUACAUUCAAUCAAUACAGUACCGUGUAUAUGCUGGCCUGAUCCAUGUAGUAUGAUAGAGAAACUCCAGAAGAGGGGGGUUUAAAUGGGAAAAAAUAUAAGGAAAUAUCAGGUAGUUGCUUGUCAGAUGCUAUGCUAGUGAGAUACCAAAUAUCAAAAAAGUUCAUGGACAACAUCAUAGCAUGAAGGUGAUGGUGUGUGGGUCUAAUGUACUGUAUAUUCUUAUUUGAAUAAGUCUCUACUAGCAGGUUAUUUGCAUUCUUAAAGAUGACAAAUUAAAACAAGGCUCAUCAACUACACAACCUCAAUUUUUUUCUCUGUCCUUUUCUUCAUCGUACACUUCCAAAAUCUAUUGCUCUCUCUCUCUCUCUCUCUCGCUCUGUCUCUCUCUCUCU